AUGUGGGAGGGUUGUUACGCGUUUGAGAACUUUGGUGAUCGAUGUCAUUCGUUCGGCGAUGGCACGUCAACCCAAUCGAAUUCAAUGCUGGUCAGUGCUAGUUCACCCCGGUUAUCCUCCCAAGAACUUCCACUACCAGUAUGCAGCAACAGUAUGCACGAUAGACGGAGUCGAUGUAGUGAAGCGCUUGAUGUGAUUAAUAGUAACGAAGAGAUGCUCGUUCCUCCCGUUCCUGAUGAACAGGCAUGA